GCACAUGGUUGACGUGCGCUGAGCGCUGAAGAAAAGGAACGGCCGGCGCCAUGCGCUGAGACUUCACAAGUGUCAAAUCAUAGAUGUCGCGGGAAUGUGAGAGCAUCACGUUGCCCUCCGUAAACUGGAAUGAAAACGGCAGCGGAGGCACAGGGGCAGCGUUUCUGUCAAUUUCGCUUGUGGAUACUUGUAGUGAAGUUACAGGCUGAUACAGUAACAGAGCGCUGAAGCAUGGAGGGAAACUCAAGGGAAAGCGAGCGUCUGGAGCGCGAGCGCCAGUACUGCGAGCUGUGCGGGGAAAUGGAGAACUUGAUGAAGUGUGGACGGUGCCGCAGCUCGUUCUACUGCAGCAAAGAGCACCAGAGACAGGACUGGAAGAAGCACAAGCGGGUGUGCAAAGAGGUCGAUAAGCAGCAGUUGCCACAGCCGCCGGCUGAAGAGCGCAGCGCCGUGCAGUACAACACUUCUCAGAGUAACUCUACCGCUGUGUCUCCCGGGGAAAGAAUGCCAGAUUUUAUCAAGUCCGCCACGGGCUCUGACACCAAACCGACCCCAGACAGUUUGAAACCCAACGGACAGACGCGGUCACCUCCUCAGAAGCUGGCCACGGACGAUAUCGUGCCCUGCAUGAACAAGCACGGCAUCUGUGUGAUCGACAACUUCCUCGGUGAGGAAAUCGGACGCACUAUUCUGGAGGACGUGCAGGCGCUUUACCUGACCGGCGACUUCACGGACGGCCAGCUGGUCAGUCAGAGAAGCGACUCGUCUAAGGACAUUCGAGGGGAUAAGAUCACCUGGGUGGAGGGUAAGGAGCCCGGCUGCGAGAGGAUAGCGUUUCUCAUGAGCCGCAUGGACGAGUUGAUCCGAUACUGUAACGGAAAACUGGGCGACUACAGGAUCAAUGGGAGGACGAAAGCAAUGGUGGCGUGUUACCCUGGUGAUGGGACAGGAUAUGUACGGCAUGUGGAUAACCCAAACGGUGAUGGGAGAUGUGUCACAUGCAUAUAUUACCUGAAUAAAAACUGGGAUGCCAAGAAACAUGGUGGCCUUUUGCGGAUCUUUCCAGAGGGAACUGCUCAGUUUGCAGACAUUGAGCCCAGGUUUGACAGACUUUUGCUCUUCCGGUCAGACAGACGGAACCCACAUGAGGUCCAGCCGGCUCAUGCCACAAGGUAUGCUAUAACAGUGUGGUAUUUUGACGCCGAUGAACGAGCUCGAGCUAAAGAGAAAUAUCUAACAGGUGCAGGUGAAAGGGGUGUAAAAGUGGAGCUAAACAAGCCGUCUGAGCCCAGCUAGUGAACAAGGGAUGAAUAAAAAAAAAAGUAAAAAAAAAAAAGAGUGUGCAGUGUUGGACCUCUGGAGUGUUGCUGCCUGCUGCUGAGAGAUGAUGAGCAGAGAGGAAGUGACUACUUCUCUUGCUCACCUCUCCAUCUGUCAUCUAUAAGGAACUUCUCAUAGGGACUCUGGAUGUGAUGGAGCUGUGAAGACAGAUGUGUAUUAACAUGCUUUGUGUUUCCUUAAUGAAGAAUGCUGGCUUACAUGAGCAUAGGACGAACAUCGUGUGUGUGUGUGUGUGUGUGUGUGUGUGUGUGUGUGUGUGUGUGUCUGUGUGUGUGUGUGUGUGUGUGUGUGUGUGUGUGUGUGUGUCUGUGUCUGUGUCUGUGUGUGUGUGUGUGUGUGUGUCUGUGUGUGCACUUGUGUUCAAUACAAGUUUAAUUUGAGUUAUAACCUCUACAUUUCCCUGCUGUCAGCUUUGCACAUGUGUUAAUAAAGGUACAGGUUUGUUUGGCAAUGCUGCAAAGUGCAUACAAAGAAAAACCAUAAGCUCGGUGUGAUGUGUUAUUCUGCUUGUAAGCCACUGUAAUUGUUUGAUUUGUGUUUUUGUAUGGCUCGUAAUACCAUUUUCCAGGAACUCCUAAUUGGACUGUGCUUCUUUAUCACGGCUUGCACCUGUUGCUUAGUAACCAGGUGCAUUGCUGGAUCGUCUUUGCCAGUAAUCAGCGAUAUGUCUGUUGUUGCAGACCCUAAAGUCUCUCCAUCUUAUGCCAAACUUGACACCUCAUGUCUGUCUAACAGUUCUGAGUUUUAAAUAAAAAAAUCAGGUUUCCUAAAUACA